UUAAAGCUGCGACGCUGAACAUGGCGCGUUCCUAGAAGCGGUUUUCGGCUUCAGUAGGAGGCAGCGUGUGGACUGCGAGCGUGGGGCGCCGGACCAACCGACGCGGCUUCGUGUUGGGGAGUCGAAGCAGGAGAGCUGGGCUAUACCAGGUGGAACUAAGCGGUUUCCAUGGAUCUCAAUAGUGCCAGCACUGUUGUUCUUCAGGUCUUAACGCAGGCCACCAGUCAGGAUACUACUGUGUUAAAGCCAGCUGAGGAGCAGUUGAAACAGUGGGAAACACAGCCCGGUUUCUAUUCAGUGUUGCUGAAUAUUUUCACAAACCAUACUCUGGAUAUAAAUGUAAGAUGGCUUGCUGUGCUGUAUUUUAAAAAUGGAAUUGAUCGUUACUGGAGACGUGUAGCACCUCAUGCUCUCUCAGAGGAGGAGAAAUCUACACUGCGUGCAGGGCUAAUCACCAACUUCAAUGAACCAGUAAACCAGAUUGCAACUCAGAUUGCAGUACUGAUUGCAAAGGUGGCUCGCUUGGACUGUCCCAGACAGUGGCCUGAACUGAUUCCCACUCUUAUAGAGUCUGUGAAAGUCCAGGAUGAUCUUCGACAGCACAGGGCAUUACUUACCUUCUAUCAUGUUACCAAGACUCUGGCCUCUAAACGUCUAGCUGCUGAUAGAAAACUAUUUUAUGAUUUAGCUUCUGGAGUUUAUAAUUUCGCUUGUUCUCUGUGGAAUCACCACACAGACACAUUCCUUCAGCAAGUUUCUUCUGGCAAUGAAGCUGCUGUUCUAAGUUCCCUAGAACGAACUCUACUAUCGUUGAAAGUGCUGCGUAAGUUAACUGUUAAUGGAUUUGUGGAACCUCAUAAGAAUAUGGAAGUUAUGGGUUUUUUACAUGGAAUAUUUGACCGUCUAAAACAAUUUCUGGAAUGCAGUAGAACUAUAGGUACAGAUAACGUAUGUAGAGAUAGAUUGGAAAAGACCAUUAUUCUUUUUACUAAAGUGCUUUUGGACUUCUUGGAUCAACAUCCCUUUUCAUUUACUCCACUAAUUCAGAGAUCACUGGAGUUUUCUGUAAGCUAUGUAUUCACAGAAGUUGGUGAAGGGGUUACAUUUGAACGAUUCAUUGUCCAAUGCAUGAAUCUUAUUAAGAUGAUUGUCAAAAAUUAUGCGUAUAAGCCAUCCAAAAAUUUUGAAGAUAGCAGUCCUGAAACCCUUGAAGCUCAUAAGAUUAAGAUGGCAUUCUUCACAUACCCCACUUUGACAGAGAUUUGUAGAAGAUUAGUCUCUCAUUAUUUUCUAUUAACUGAAGAAGAACUGACAAUGUGGGAAGAAGAUCCAGAAGGCUUUACAGUGGAAGAAACAGGAGGAGAUUCUUGGAAAUACAGUUUGAGGCCUUGCACUGAAGUACUAUUUAUGGAUAUAUUCCAUGAAUAUAAUCAGACUCUUACUCCUGUACUUCUAGAAAUGAUGCAAACACUUCAAGGACCCACUAAUGUGGAAGAUAUGAAUGCACUAUUAAUCAAAGAUGCUGUGUAUAAUGCUGUUGGAUUGGCAGCUUAUGAGCUGUUUGACAGUGUUGAUUUUGAUCAGUGGUUUAAAAACCAACUACUUCCAGAAUUACAAGUCAUUCACAAUAGGUAUAAGCCAUUACGACGCAGGGUGAUUUGGCUCAUCGGUCAGUGGAUUUCUGUGAAAUUCAAGUCUGAUUUAAGACCGAUGUUAUAUGAGGCAAUUUGUAACUUGCUUCAAGACCAAGACUUAGUGGUCCGUAUUGAAACAGCUACAACUCUGAAGUUAACUGUUGAUGAUUUUGAGUUUAGAACGGAUCAGUUUCUACCGUACUUGGAAACUAUGUUCACACUACUUUUUCAGUUAUUGCAGCAAGUUACAGAAUGUGAUACAAAGAUGCAUGUUCUGCAUGUCCUUUCUUGUGUGAUUGAAAGAGUCAACAUGCAGAUACGGCCCUAUGUAGGAUGUUUGGUGCAAUAUUUGCCUCUUCUUUGGAAGCAGAGUGAAGAGCACAACAUGUUGAGAUGUGCUAUUCUGACAACACUUAUUCAUCUUGUUCAGGGAUUAGGAGCAGACAGCAAGAACCUGUACCCUUUCCUGCUCCCAGUUAUUCAACUGAGUACAGAUGUUUCCCAGCCUCCACAUGUUUAUCUUCUGGAAGAUGGUUUAGAAUUAUGGUUAGUGACUUUGGAAAACAGCCCGUGUAUUACACCAGAACUGCUUCGUAUAUUUCAGAAUAUGUCACCACUUCUUGAACUAAGUUCAGAAAAUCUCAGAACCUGCUUUAAGAUCAUCAAUGGUUAUAUCUUUUUAUCAUCAACAGAAUUUUUACAGACAUAUGCAGUAGGUCUGUGUCAGUCCUUUUGUGAAUUGCUAAAGGACAUUACUACAGAAGGUCAAGUUCAAGUGCUCAAGGUUGUGGAAAAUGCCCUUAAGGUGAACCCCGUAUUAGGCCCACAGAUGUUUCAACCAAUUCUACCCUGUGUUUUCAGAGGUAUUAUAGAGGGGGAGAGAUAUCCUGUAGUGAUGUCAACGUAUCUCGGAGUAAUGGGUCGAGUCCUACUACAAAACACUAGUUUCUUUUCUUCACUUCUUAGUGAGAUGGCACAUAAAUUUAAUCAGGAGAUGGACCAGCUCUUGGGAAAUAUGAUUGAAAUGUGGGUUGAUCGCAUGGACAACAUUACCCAGCCUGAAAGAAGAAAACUUUCAGCUUUGGCUUUGCUUUCUCUUCUGCCAUCUGAUAAUAGUGUUAUCCAGGAUAAGUUCUGUGGAAUUAUAAACAUCUCAGUGGAGGGCCUGCAUGAUGUCAUGACGGAAGAUCAUGAGACGGGAACUUACAAAGACUGUAUGUUAAUGUCUCAUCUUGAAGAACCAAAAGUAACAGAAGAUGAAGAACCACCCACAGAACAGGAUAAGAGGAAAAAAAUGCUGGCCCUAAAGGACCCGGUGCACACAGUCUCCCUGCAGCAAUUCAUCUAUGAGAAGCUCAAGUCCCAGCAGGAGCUACUGGGAGAGCAAGGCUUCCAGUCCCUCAUGGAGACAGUGGACACAGAGAUUGUCACCCAGCUCCAGGAGUUUCUGCAGGGCUUCUGAGAGCACAUGGCAACGCUUGGCCGCCUCCCCUUCCCGCAAGCCAGGGCACCGGCCUGCCGUCUGCGUGGAAGAGCCUGCUGAGACGUGAUGAGACACUGUGCAUGGAAAUGUAGAAGCCAAGACCACACUCUUUUCUACUACAAAAUUCAGUGAAUAAAUGUGAAUUCCACACAGCUAAAAUCACAAACGUAUUCCUUAAAAGAAUUUAAUUUUCUAUUUAUGAGGAACUCUGUGCUUACUAGAUAUAGAUUUAAUGACAGUAGCCACUUAGUUUCCUGUUAAAGAGAAGAAAGUAUUUGAUUACUUUUAAAUCAUGUGCUCUUAACAUUUGAGAAGAUGAAGGGUAAUAUCUGAGAUGCUUUUCUGCAACCAAAAUUAGUUAAAUUUGGCUGCCUUAUCCCUUUUUUAAGCUAAUAAAACUAGUUUGAAAAAUGGCAAAGCUGUUCAGAUGCAAAUAAAGAAAUUUGUGUACCAGGCAACACUGUAUAAAUAGUGACAAAUAUACACUGCAAGUGAGUUACUUUCAUCUGCCAUAGAAAAUGUGUUUUAUCAGGCAAAUGCUUUUAUUUUCAUUCUAGUAAUUUGAUACGGGAAUUAGUAAAGGGGUGUUUUUCCCCUCAUUUUAUGUGGAGUAUUUACAUUUAGUCUUUAAAUGCACACUGUAAGGCCGGCAGUAUGAGGAGGGAGACGUCCCUCGGGUCGUGAUUUGGUCCCGAUUCCUUUGUUCCUCGGAAGGCCUGGAGCCCUGCGGACACCGAGAAGACCCACGCUGUGACGUGGCUGUUGGGCUCUCAGCCACGAGUGCUGGGCACAGGCUCCCGAGUGCCGGGCUGCACCUCGGAGGACCCAGCGGCAGUCCCCAGGGUGCCAGCACGGACGUCACAAGUCUUCCUGUUCCGCCAGCACGCAGCACCAAAACAGGGAAAAGGGGGGAAGUCAAAGCCUUACUGUGUUUUACUUGCCAUUUAUUGUAAGGAACCUUUAAAGCAUUUUUAGGAAAUAUUCAAAAACUACAUUUCUGUGCAAAGUUGGGUACAGUAUAUACUGCUGCCCCUUUGUAAGCUGUGGAAUCAGUAUGGCAAUGUGGAAGUUUCAGCAAAAGAAAGGAAAUAUGGUCCAAAUUAAAUUUUCCAAAGAUA